CAUGAGUAUUAUGUCAAUCAAAGUAUGUUCAUCAAGGAAAACCUGUUAUUUUUCUUCAUCUUAGCAACUGCAUACUGUAAUAGGGACCAGUUCGAGAAGCGGGAUAGAUUUAAAAUAUUGAGAGAGCUAUGUGGAGAGGGGGUUCGAUCUAUUGGGUUUAGUGUUUGCUUGACUCUUCUGAAACAACAGGAACAGCUUAGAAUGAUGGGAAAACGAGGCUCUGGUAUCGAGGUUCACGAACCUGAGACAACCUACAACGAAGCCGACAUCCAUAAUGCUAUUUUGUCAGGAGACUUCUCUUUUAUGAACUUUGACAGGGAGUUAGAGGUACUUCUCAAUAAAUUACUAAAGGAUGAUGAUUAUAUAAAGGCGAUUAGAAACUCGAGGGAACAAGACUCCGACCAAGAUAAUUUUUCCCGUCAAAGCCGUUCCAACAAUAUAUUCCGGCAAAGCCGAUCAGGCAACAUGUUCCGUCAAAGCCGUUCCGCAAACGAAAAUGUUUUCCGACAAAGCAGAGCCGACAAUUUAUUCCGUCAGAGUAGAUCAUUAAACGGAAUGAUGCGGCUGGGAAGAUCCCCUCAGGAGAACUUUUUCCGUCAAAGUAGAAGUACGGUGGAUACAGGAAAUCUGUUCCGGCAAAUGAGAAGUGACAACCUGGAAAAUCUGUUCCGUCAGAGCCGGUCAGUCCUACCUGUGGCCGCCGAAAGAACGCCGAAGACUUCAUAUCCUACGGGAAUGACACAAAGGAGUAAUGCUAGGCUUCAAACAUUAAUCAAAAACUUAUUGGAUCAAGAGAUGUUAAAGAAUCAUUACAGGAAUAUAAUCAAGGAUCAUCAUUAUUAUAUCAGGAAAAUUAAAUGUUUAAUUUGUUUAGUAUAAAUAUAUGUGAAAAAUUUUAUUUAAAAAUGUUAAGAAAUCCAUAUUAAUGUGAUUUUGAUUGAAAAACACUGAUUGUAUAAAAUUGUAAAUUCAGAGAUAGAUCAUGCCUGUCACUGUGUCACCAUUGCAAUACAUCAAAUUUCGUGGAUUUUCUCAGAAUUGUUUUGCGAGGUUUCAAAUAUUAUGAACAGAAGCAGCUACUUAAACAGAGGCUGGGUUAACUAGUUACUUCUGUAAACUUGUAAUUGUUGUUAAAAUAAAUAUUACUAACUGCUGACAA